AGAAGUAGUUUUUUCCCAUGUUAUAACUGUACAAAUAUUCAACUAUGUACACUGUACACACAAUCAAAUGUGAAUAGGAGGUGGUAUAAAAUAAAAGAAAUGUUAAAUUAAAAAAAACCAUAGCGUCAAGACUUAAGUAAUUUGAUGAUACUGUAAGCUUCUAUCAUAUUACCUGGUGAUGUUUUCACAUAUAUUUUAUGUUGCAAUUUUAGAAAUAUCCAAACAUUGGCAAAUAUAUACUUUAAAUAUUAUCUGGCUUGUGUCUUGAAAGCACUGAUGCAUUAAAAACAUUUAAACCUUAAAAACUAUUUUCCUGACAUAAAAUUUAAAGAUUGUGUAACAAACAUAGGAGAAGCAUCUGUGCCAUUCUUCAGUGUGAUAUUGUAGUGAAAAGGUUUUGCUGUUUAUAGGACAUGUUCAAAAGGGUGUAUAAUUCAUUAUACAUGGUUAGUCAUCCAUACAUGUUUUUACAUUUUGCCUGUAGGUAGGUUGAGCACCUGGUGAUAUGGUAAUACAUUUAAACCAUUUCUUACAGAGUGCUUACUGGGUUACAUAGAUUUUAAGCUUGCAGACCAAAGGAGCCCUCAGUUCCCAAAGUCAUAAGGGUUAUCCAAGUUCACAAAAUAAAAACUGGUAUUUCUUUUCCAAACCAAAGAUAUGGGCAAUAUACUUCCCAUAUGGAAAUGAGUAGUGGUUAAUGAAAGCUAAACUCCAAGCUUUCCCAAUAACUAUAUAAAUUGCCUUAGAAUAUUUUUUCCUUAAAUCUUCAGGGCUUUUUUUCUGAGAUUUGGUCAUUUGAUUCAACAGCACUUACAUUUUGGCCAGGACAUCCGUUGUAUGGCAAUCAGGCAGUGGAAGGGGAUGGUACUCUGUACGGCAAGCUGUUCAGCACACUUGUAAAAGUUAAUGUGAAAGCAAAGUACCGGUGCUGUGUAUGAAAUCUCAAGGGAGGAAAUGCUACACAAGAAAAGUACACUGUGUACAAAGGAAUAUAGGCUAAUUAGACAUUAAUUCCAACUGCCGAGCUAGGUAAACUAGAAUCCCAGCUCCUGUGCAUUAGUGUCUCAGUAGCGGGUCUCUCUAGCACAGUGUAAGGAUGACUCAGCCCAUGCUCAGAUCAUCUUUAAUUCCUGGCAUGCUUAUUUACGUUAAAGUUCAAACGCUAUUUUAAGUCUUUAGCUUUGGGAGAUGGAGGGUAAGAACAAGCGAAGGCGGGAGAAGGGAGGGGGGAAGAGAAGCAAGCGGGGGGAGGUUAAAACACACCAAAAACUACCUGAAUGAAUCCUUCCUGCUCCCUCUGUGGCUCCUUGUGAAUCUUAUGCCCACUUCACUAAGGGGAUUCCUCCACAAAAGCACAGAUUAAUAAUUCAUUGAUGCUCUCCAGUGCCCGAGCCCGCAUUGAUUUACUUAUGCUGCAUUUCCUUUCAUUCAUAAGCCUUUCCCUGUGCUGGUCUCUCGGAGAGCGCCUCGCUGCAGCGCUCAGACAGGGAGGAAGCCGCAGCCGCGCUCAAGGGCAUGCGACACUCCACUCGGGUCCAUGUGCGCGCCUGACCUCAGCCCGGGGACUGGCUCUGCCGAGGCGCCUCUGUGCCAGCCUCGCCUCCCGUCCUCGCGCCGACUCUGCAGCCGGGAUGCUCAGCGGCGUUCGGCGCGAAGGGCUGAGCUCCCGCCAUCAAUCUCCUCUGCGGGGCGGGCGACAGAUGCUUGUCAUGCAGCAGUGCACCGCCUGAAUUGGCCGGGGCCCCGGCGGGUGUGCGCGGCCCCCUCCCACUCCUGCCAGCCCUGCCCAGCGGAGUCCCUCGGGCAAGGCGCGCUGCUCUUUCCAGCCGCCCCCCGAAAGCUCUGGGUCCCACUUUGAGCACCUCCAGACUUUGCCGGACCCCGGCACUUUGCCCUUGGUCCCUGCCUCUCUCACUCAAAGACUGCUCCCCUCACCCCGGGUAUUGGCUGUCUCGCCCGGAGCCGGAGGCUGGAGCGUGCCGGCGAGGGAGCAGGAGAACUCGAGGCAGCUUCCCAUCCAUAAAGUGAGCAGUAAUUGCAAGGAGGCAGCCUCCCCGCUCGGAAUCAAUAGAGGCUGCUCCUUCGCUGCUAAGGGCACUUUGGAGAAGCAGCAGGGCACUGAAGUAACUCGGCUCACUGCUGACUGCGGAGUUGUAGAGAACUACAUGCAAGUGGCUGCAGCAGGGCUGGAAAACGCGUCGCUGUUACCAAGGACACAAUAGUUUUUAAAGUCGUUAGCGCUUUUCCCCCUCCGAUCCUCUCCUUCCAUUAUCCAGAGAGGGCCACUCCCGGGAGGGAUGAGGAUGGAGCUGUGAUAUCUUUCCCCUCUCCAGCGUUGCUUUGGAGGAGAGUGGGGGAGCAAGCGGUUCUGCUGUUCAGCUCAGCUGUGCUCGAAUUUCCCCCAAGUCUUCUCAGGCUCCGAGAGAAACCAUGAUUUUGAACCUACUCCGGGCUUUUUGGGGGUUCUUCUUUAUCUUCUGGACAGCUUUUAACACCGCCUUCGUGGAUGUGGUCGGAUCGGAGCAGCAGAUCCCCUUGUCGGUUGUAAAGCUCUGGGCCUCUGCUUUUGGAGGGGAAAUCAAAUCCAUCGCAGCUAAAUACUCAGGUUCUCAGCUUCUGCAGAAGAAAUACAAAGAAUAUGAAAAAGAUGUUUCAGUAGAAGAAAUUGAUGGCCUUCAGCUUGUGAAAAAGCUAGCAAAAAGUAUGGAAGAAAUGUUUCAUAAAAAGUCUGAAGCUGUACGGCGUCUUGUUGAAGCUGCAGAGGAUGCUCACUUGAAACAUGAAUUUGAUGCUGAUUUACAGUAUGAAUACUUCAAUGCUGUUCUCAUCAAUGAACGAGAUGAAGAAGGAAAUUUUUUAGAACUGGUGAAAGAGUUCAUUCUAGUGCCAAAUGACCACUUCAAUAACUUGCCUGUGAACAUCAGCCUGAGUGAUGUCCAAGUACCAACCAACAUGUACAACAAAGAUCCAGCAAUUGUAAAUGGAGUCUUUUGGUCAGAAUCCUUAAACAAGGUGUUUGUUGAUAACUUUGACCGUGAUCCUUCUCUCAUAUGGCAGUAUUUUGGAAGUGCAAAAGGAUUUUUUAGACAGUAUCCAGGAAUUAAAUGGGAACCAGAUGAAAAUGGAGUUAUUGCAUUUGACUGCAGAAAUCGAAAAUGGUACAUACAGGCCGCUACUUCUCCAAAAGAUGUGGUCAUUUUAGUUGAUGUCAGUGGCAGCAUGAAAGGACUCCGUCUGACAAUUGCUAAGCAAACAGUAUCAUCUAUUUUGGAUACCCUUGGAGAUGAUGAUUUUUUCAACAUAAUUGCUUAUAAUGAAGAACUUCACUAUGUAGAACCGUGUCUGAAUGGAACAUUAGUGCAAGCAGACAGAGCCAACAAAGAGCACUUCAGGGAGCACCUCAACAAGCUUUUUGCAAAAGGAAUUGGAAUGCUGGAUAUAGCUUUAAAUGAGGCUUUCAACAUUCUCAGUGAUUUCAAUCACACUGGGCAAGGGAGUAUUUGCAGCCAAGCCAUAAUGCUGAUCACUGAUGGUGCUGUGGACACAUAUGAUACAAUAUUUGCAAAGUAUAAUUGGCCAGACAGGAAGGUUCGCAUGUUUACCUAUCUGAUUGGAAGAGAGGCAGCUUUUGCUGAUAACCUCAAGUGGAUGGCCUGUGCUAACAAAGGGUUUUUUACUCAGAUCUCUACAUUAGCUGACGUGCAAGAGAACGUCAUGGAAUAUCUCCAUGUUCUUAGCCGACCAAAGGUUAUUGAUCAAGAGCAUGAUGUCGUAUGGACUGAAGCAUAUAUCGACAGCACUCUCCCUCAGGCACAAAAGCUUGCUGAUGAUCAGGGAUUGGUUUUGAUGACCACUGUUGCCAUGCCAGUGUUUAGUAAGCAAAAUGAGACUCGAUCCAAGGGGAUUCUUCUAGGAGUAGUGGGCACAGAUGUUCCAGUUAAAGAACUUCUAAAGGCCAUUCCAAAAUAUAAGUUAGGUAUUCAUGGAUAUGCUUUUGCGAUUACAAACAAUGGAUACAUUUUGACUCAUCCAGAGCUCCGACCAUUGUAUGAAGAAGGAAAAAAGCGAAGAAAACCCAACUACAGCAGUGUUGAUCUUUCUGAGGUUGAGUGGGAAGACAGAGAUGAUGUGCUUCGAAAUGCAAUGGUGAAUCGGAAAACGGGGAAAUUUUCAAUGGAAGUGAAGAAGACAGUGGACAAAGGGAAACGGGUAUUGGUGAUGACAAAUGACUACUAUUAUACAGACAUCAAGGGUACUCCUUUCAGUUUAGGUGUGGCUCUCUCUAGAGGACAUGGCAAAUAUUUCUUCAGAGGCAACGUAACUAUAGAAGAAGGUUUGCAUGAUUUAGAACACCCUGAUGUAUCUUUGGCAGAUGAAUGGUCAUAUUGCAACACUGACUUGCAUCCUGAGCACCAUCAAAUGACUCAGUUAGAAGCUAUUAAACUCUAUCUCAUGGGAAAAGAGCCAUUGCUUCAAUGUGAUAAAGAAUUGAUACAAGAAGUUCUGUUUGAUGCAGUUGUGAGUGCACCAAUAGAAGCAUAUUGGACAAGUCUAGCUCUAAAUAAAUCAGAAAAUUCUGACAAGGGAGUAGAAGUUGCUUUUCUUGGAACCCGGACGGGUCUAUCUCGUAUCAACCUGUUUGUGGGACCAGAGCAACUUACUAAUCAAGACUUCCUGACAGCUGAAGACAAAGAGAAUAUUUUUAAUGCUGAUCAUUUCCCGCUUUGGUACAGAAGAGCCGCUGAGCAGAUACCUGGCAGCUUUGUCUAUUCAAUCCCAUUUAGCACAGAAACAGCAAACAAAAGCAAUGUGGUGACAGCUAGUACUGCCAUUCAACUUUUAGAUGACAGAAAAUCUCCAGUGGUUGCAGCUGUAGGUAUCCAGAUGAAACUUGAAUUUUUCCAGCGGAAGUUUUGGACUGCCAGCAGACAGUGUGCAUCUCUUGAUGGAAGAUGUUCUAUAAGCUGUGAUGAUGAAGCAAUUAACUGCUACCUCAUAGAUAACAAUGGAUUUAUUUUAGUAUCUGAAGACUACAGACAGACUGGGAACUUUUUUGGUGAGAUCGAGGGGGCUGUGAUGAACAAAUUGCUAACAAUGGGCUCCUUUAAAAGUUCUGUUUCCAUCAGGCAUUCUCCUGGCCCCUGCAGAAGGACAUCUACUUCGGUAUUUAAUCAUGUUAUCAGGACCAAACUGGUGGACACCUGGAUUCCAGCUUUCCCAGAUGCUAAGGCUCACUCUAACAAUUUCUUGUUGCUCUGAGAGCUCCUCUUGCUGCUCGCCUUCCUCUGCUUCUUUCAUUUAUCUUUCCUUAUGUGCUUCCUAGUGAAUAAUGCAUGCUCUCUGUGCUCUUAAAGUAUGUUACAUUCCAAGCCCCUUACCAUUCUCUCUCUCUUUCGCACACACCCACACAAAUAUUCUCUCUCUUUUGAUUGGUUUAUAAAUUAAGUUUAAUGGAGUUCUCCAAACCUUAGACAUGUUUUGCUUCCUGGACAUAAUACUAACUCUGCUAUGAAAUGGCGAAAGCUUUGCAAAGCAACAUGCAAAAUAGCAAAGCAUUUUUGAGCCACAUACUUGAAAAAUAAUUAGUAAUAGUGGAACACAAGUAGGUCACCUCACUCCAUUUCAGACAUAAGUCUUCCAAAGAAGCAUAUUCACCUGUUCACCACAGGACGUUUUAUAACAUGGAACCUCUCUGACUGUGACGUUGACUGUUAAUUACAGG